AUGUUUACACCGUUUUGUAAAAUAGAAACACGUGACCAUUACGUUCCCGCCACAACACCGGAAUUUCAGGCAAACAGAAUUCCCUUGGAUGGGGGCCAAGCAGAUGGAUACCUUGAAACUUGCGCAAUAACGGGCAGCUUCGAGAGGGUCAGCACCAUUUAUAAUAAUGUUUAUUGUGCAAAAAGUGUUCCAUACUAUGGUGGAGAUGCGUUCCCAAAUUAUUGGAUUAAAAAUCACACAACGGGAGAUUCGUCGGGAUAUUCCGAUCCACAGCACUUUAUCAAUUCGUCAGAUGAUCGAAGAUAUUCGGCAGGUCCUAUUGCGACUCAGUACUCCUACGAGCCGCAUUGUGCUCAACAAGUGAACGGUAGUGAUAUAGAAUUAUGCCAAUACAGCGUCGGUAAUGGAUAUCAAGAUGCAACUGUUGUAUGUGGGGUCAAUGGAUGUUUGUACGAUGGGCUCGAAACCGUGGUGUUUAAUGAUUCAAACAAUGGUGCACAAUGUGAGGCAUAUAGGAACAGGAUCAGUGAUAGCGGAUCACGGUGUAGUGGCGAACCGGAAGCGACUAAUGAGAGUAGCUUUUUUGAUGAAUAUGGCGAAAGUAGAGAAAAUUCAAGUUUAGAAACAGAAGCCGGCGUUACUCAACACACAUCAUCAGAUGCAAGCCUUACGAAUCAAGUAGUGUACUCACAUGGUCCUGCUGCGCUUAGUGAUUCUAAGAAGAAGCAAAUCCACGGUAAACCAACAAACUCCAACAAAAACAACGCCAGCAAUCGAAAAGAGCGAACGGCUUUCACAAAAUCUCAGGUAAAAGCAUUAGAAGCUGAAUUCACCCACUCAAAUUAUCUCACUCGCCUCAGAAGAUACGAAAUCGCCGUUGCCCUGCAUCUUAGCGAACGGCAAGUGAAGGUCUGGUUCCAGAAUCGCAGAAUGAAGUGGAAACGCAUCAAAAUCGGAACCUCAGCUACAACCAAAGAAAAGCAAUCUUCUUAGACAAUCUACAUUUUUAUUUCAAAAGAAA